CCGGACCGUGACACCGCGGGGCGAUCGCAGCCCGGCCGCUCAGAAUGGCCACUCUGCCCAGCUCGGACAGGAGAGCCUUUGCUCUGAAAAUCAACAGGCAUUCCUCGGCAGAAAUAAGACGACACUUUGUGCAGCAGGCAAACCAUGGACCGUUGUCUCAGCGAAGUAUCAGCAACCCUGGUUUCUCUUCUCUUCAGCUACCUCAGUUCUAUGAUGCUGUAGAACCAGUGGAUUUUGAAGGUUUCCUAACAAUGCAGCUGAAUAACUUGGAUUUGGAACUCCUGCAAGAACUUGGUGACUUUCCUGAAGAUGAUUUGGAGGUAGUCUUUACUCCAAAGGAGCACAGGACCUUGCAGCCAUCAUUGCCAGAAGAAGGGGCUGAGUUGGAUCCGCAUGUCCGGGAUUGUAUUCAGACCUAUAUUCGUGACUGGCUGAUAGUGAAUCGAAAAAACCAAGGAAGUAAUGAGACAUGCAUCUUAACAAAAAGGGGAUCCAGGAGUGAUUUCCACAAGUCCCUUCAAAAGCAAACAUUUGAAUCUGAAGUUUUAGAUGACCGUGAUUCCAAUUAUCAGACAGCUCCCAGGCAUUUAAAAGUCCUCUGUGAUGACUCCAUUCAAGCCACACUCACAUCUGGGGACUUUGACCUGCGCAGCCUACAGCCAGAUGCUCGUCUGGCAGACCUGUUGCAGCACAUUAGUGCAGAAGACUUUCAAAGGCAAAAUGAGGAGCAACGGCAAGCCAACAGGCCUGCAGAACUAUUUGCACUGUAUCCCAGUAUAGAUGAGGAGGAUGCUGUGGAAAUACGACCGGUGCCUGAGUGCCCCAAGGAAUAUCUGGGCAAUAGGAUAUUGGUGAAAGUACAGACUCUGAAAUUUGAGAUAGAAAUUGAGCCACUAUUCGCAAGCUUAGCCCUCUAUGAUAUAAAAGAAAGGAAAAAGAUCUCAGAAAAUUUUCAUUGUGACUUGAACUCUGAACAGUUAAAAGGGUUCUUGCGAUCACAUUCACCAUGUAUUGACUCAUCUAGUCAGGCAAGGUCUGCAGUAUUUUCUGUAACAUAUCCAUCUCCAGAUAUCUAUCUAGUUGUGAAGAUUGAAAAAGUUCUUCAACAAGGUGAAAUUGGAGAUUGUGCAGAACCCUACUUGGUUCUAAAAGAAAGUGAAGUUGGGAAGACCAAAGAAAAAAUUGAGAAAUUAAAAGUGCAUGCUGAGUCCUUUUGCCAACGUUUGGGAAAGUAUCGUAUGCCUUUUGCUUGGGUUCCAAUAAAUUUAGCAAAUUUCUUCAGUGUUUCAACACUUGAAAGAGAUAUAGCAGAAUUAGAAGUUUUAAAUGGCAAAGGGUCCACUGGUGACAGAAAAUCAAUGGCAAUGCAAGGUAGAAGACUUUCUGAAAGAAGCCUUGUGUUGGAGGAUGUUCCUGCCUUGCCAACCUUCAAAAACACCACUCUGACUUUCAGCACAUUUUUUAAACAGGAAGGAGAUCGGCUGACUGAUGAAGACUUAUUCAAGUUCUUAGCUGAUUACAAGAGAUCGUCUUCUUUGCAGAGAAGAGUGAAAUCUAUACCAGGAUUGCUCAAGUUGGAGAUCUCCCCUGUUUCAGAAGCUCUCAGUUGCUGCCUCAGCCCAGAGUUGUUGCUGGUGAAGCCAUUCCCUGAAAACCGCAGUCGGCCUCAUAAAGAGAUUCUGGAGUUUCCAGUACGAGAAGUCUAUGUCCCCCAUACUGUAUAUAGAAAUCUUCUAUAUGUGUAUCCACAACGGCUGAAUUUUGCAAACCGCCUGGCUUCAGGCCGAAAUAUUACAAUUAAGAUACAGUUUAUGUGUGGAGAAGACCCUGCCUGUGCAAUGCCGGUGAUUUUUGGGAAAUCCUCAGAUCCAGAAUUUGUUGCAGAGGUUUGCACACCAGUUACAUAUCAUAACAAAUCUCCUGAUUUCUAUGAAGAAGUGAAAAUUAAGCUGCCAGCUAAACUCACAGAAAAACAUCACCUGCUGUUCACAUUUUACCACAUCAGUUGUCAGCCAAAGCAAGGAGCCUGUGUAGAAACUCUCCUGGGAUAUUCAUGGCUGCCAAUUCUGUUAAAUGAUCGUCUCCAAACAGGCCAUUAUUGCCUCCCUGUUGCCUUGGAUAGACUGCCUGCCAACUAUUCCAUGCACUCAGCAGAGAAAGUUCCUCCACAAUCUCCUCCAGUUAAAUGGGUUGAAGGACACAAGGGAGUGUUUAAUAUUGAGGUGCAAGGUAUAUCAUCAGUUCACACACAGGACAAUCACCUGGAGAAAUUCUUCACCCUGUGCCAUGCACUAGAAAGCCAAGUUGCAUUCCCCAUUCGAGUGCUGAAUGAGAAGAUCACAGAAGCCACUCUUGAACAUGAACUAAAACUCAGCAUUAUCUGCUUGCAUUCCUCCCGCCUGGAGCCCCUUGUGUUGUUUUUACACUUGGUGUUGGAUAAACUCUUCCAGUUGGCUGUCCAGCCUAUGGUUAUAGCUGGCCAGACAGCCAACUUCUCCCAGUUUGCUUUUGAAUCUGCAGCUGCGAUAGUGAACAGCCUCCACAACAGCAAGGACCUGAGCAAGGACUUGCAUGGCAGAAACUGUCUCCUAGCAUCUUAUGUCUACUAUGUCUUCCGCCUUCCUGAAGUACAAAGAGAUGCUAUCAAGCUAGGUGCAACAGGCAGCACUAACCCAAUUGAAUCUCGUUAUUACACGUAUGGCCGCACCACAGCUAUCUCCGUGGGCUCUCGACUCUUGCAAAGCCGGGUAACAAGCUGCAGUAAUCCAGACAUUGCUGGGACACAGGCUUCUACUGAUGAAGAAGUCAGAAACAUGUCUUCCAAGGUUGCAGAUCGGAGCUUUAACCGGAUGUCUUGCUAUAGUGAGCCCACCAGUGAUAUGUCAAGCCCCUGUGGAAGCCCUCGACCGUCCAAUAAAAAGCACUUCCAUGAAGAGUUAGCACUUCAGAUGGUAGUCAGCACUGGCAUUGUGAGAGAAUCUGUCUUCAAGUAUGCCUGGUUCUUCUUCGAAUUGUUGAUCAAGAGCAUGGCUCAGUAUGUUGAUAACAUGAACAAACAGGAUAUGCCCCGCCGAAGUAGAUUUUCCAGUCGCUUCAAGGAUGACAUCACCACUAUAGUGAAUGUGGUCACCUCAGAGAUUGCAGCACUUUUAGUCAAACCUCAGAAGGAAAGUGAACAAGCAGAAAAGAUCAACAUUAGCCUAGCAUUUUUCCUGUAUGAUCUUCUAUCUCUCAUGGAUCGUGGAUUUGUGUUUAACCUCAUCAAACACUACUGCAAUCAGUUGUCAAAUAAACUUAAUACUCUUCCAACACUGAUUUCCAUGAGGCUGGAGUUUCUCCAAAUUCUCUGCAGUCAUGAACAUUACCUCAAUUUGAAUCUCUUCUUUAUGACUUCAGGAUCUGCUCCAACAUCUCCCUCUCCUUCUCUGUCAUCUCAGAAUUCAAGUUCCUGCUCAAGUUUCCAAGAUCACAAAUUUGCCAACAUGUUUGACCUGACAGCAGAAUAUCGGCAGCAACAUUUCCUAACAGGGUUACUCUUCACUGAACUGGCAGCUGCCCUGGACACAGAAGCAGAAGGAAUAAGCAAAGUGCAAAGGAAAGCUGUCAGUGCCGUCCACAGCCUGCUGAGUGCCCACGAUUUGGACAAAUCCUGCUUGAAACCAGAAGUGAAAGUGAAAGUUGCUGCCCUUUAUCUGCCCCUGGUUGGAAUAAUUUUGGAUGCACUUCCACAGUUACAUGACUUUACAGUUUCAGAUGGUCGCAAUGGGAAAGGCCGCAUCGGAUCUCCAGAUGAAGAACAAGAAGCUGCAAGCCAAAUUAACCAAAAUAUUGCUCUGGCCAUUGCUGGGAAUCAGUUUAAUCUCCUACGGUCCUAUGGUUCAUCUGUGUCCACAUUGCCCUACAAACAAUACAACACUUUAAGUCCAGAAACUACACGUCACCUUUUGAUCUGUUUCCUGUGGAUCAUGAAAAACGCUGAUCAGAAUCUUAUUCAGAAAUGGGUUGCAGACCUGCCAUCUAUGCAGCUAAACAGGAUUUUAGAUGUCCUUUACAUCUGUGUCUCAGGCUUUGAGUAUAAGGGCAAGCAAAGCUCAGACAAAGUCAGCACUCAAGUACUCCAGAAAUCAAGGGAUGUAAAAGCUCGGCUAGAAGAAGCCUUAUUAAGAGGAGAGGGAGCCAGGGGUGAAAUGAUGAAGCGGUGCAGGAUGCCUGCUGGGAACGAUAAAUUCCCAGGAUUUAAUGAGAACCUACGAUGGAGGAAAGAGCAGACACACUGGCGGCAAGCAAACGAGAGGCUAGAUAAAACAAAAGCUGAGAUUGACCAAGAAGUGUUGGUUAGUGGGAACCUAGCCACAGAAGCUAAUCUGAUUAUCCUAGACAUGCAAGAGAACAUCAUCCAGGCAACUUCAGCUAUGGAUUGCAGAGAUAAUGUCUUGGGAGGUGUGUUGAAAGUCCUUGUAAAUUCUUUGACCUGUGAUCAGAGCACAACCUACUUGACCCAUUGCUUUGCUACUCUCCGAGCAUUAAUUGUCAAGUUUGGAGAGUUGCUCUUUGAAGAGGAAGUGGAGCAGUGUGCUGACCUGUGUCAAAGACUCCUUCAGCACUGCAGCAGCAGCAUGGAUACCACUCGGAUUCAGGCCUGUGCUACCCUUUACCUCCUCAUGAAAUACAGCUUCAGCUGCAUAAGUAACUUUGCAAGAGUCAAAAUGCAAGUGACAAUGUCACUGGCUUCUCUGGUUGGUAAAGCAUCAGAUUUUAAUGAGGAGUAUCUCAGAAAGUCUUUACGAACUAUUUUGGCAUAUGCAGAGGAAGAUGUAGAAAUGCAGCCAACUCUCUUCCCAGGACAGGUGGAAGAGCUGUUGUAUAAUCUGAACAGCAUAUUGUCAGACACAGUGAAAAUGCGAGAGUUUCAGGAAGAUCCAGAGAUGCUCAUGGAUCUUAUGUACAGAAUUGCCAAAGGAUAUCAGACAUCACCUGACUUAAGGUUGACAUGGCUCCAAAACAUGGCAGAGAAGCAUGCUAAGAAAAAAUGUUACACAGAGGCUGCCAUGUGUCUAGUUCAUGCUGCUGCUCUUGUUGCUGAAUACCUGAGCAUGCUAGAAGAUCACAGUUACCUGCCAGUUGGCAGUGUCAGCUUUCAGAAUAUUUCCUCCAAUGUGCUUGAGGAGUCUGCUGUUUCUGAUGAUGUUCUGUCUCCAGAUGAAGAUGGAGUAUGCUCUGGAAGGUAUUUCUCAGAGACUGGUUUGGUGGGACUGCUGGAACAAGCUGCAGAGCUUUUUAACACCGGAGGACUGUGUGAAACUGUGAAUGAGGUCUACAAGAUUGUCACCCCCAUCUUAGAAGCACAUCGAGAUUUUAGGAAACUUUCUUCCACUCACAGUAAACUUCAGAAAGCCUUUGAGAGCAUCAUAAAUAAGGGUCAGAAGAGAAUGUUUGGCACUUACUUCCGUGUUGGCUUCUAUGGAGCCAUAUUUGGAGAUUUAGAUGAACAGGAAUUUGUUUACAAAGAGCCUGCCAUUACCAAACUUCCUGAGAUUUCUCAUAGACUGGAGGGCUUUUACGGUCAGUGUUUUGGGGAGGAUCGCAUUGUUGUGAUUAAAGAUUCUACUCCAGUAGACAAGGGCAAGCUAGAUCCCAGUAAGGCCUACAUACAAAUUACCUUUGUGGAACCCUAUUUUGAUGACUAUGAGAUGAAAGACAGAGUGACCCAUUUUGAGAAAAACUUCAACCUCCGACGAUUUAUGUAUACCACCCCUUUCACUCGGGAUGGACGCCCACGAGGAGAACUGAAUGAGCAGUAUAAGAGGAAGACCAUUUUGACCACAAUGCAUGCUUUCCCCUACAUCAAAACUAGAAUCAAUGUCAUUCAAAAGGAGGAGUUUGUUUUGAUGCCAAUUGAAGUAGCUAUUGAAGACAUGCAAAAGAAAACGCUUGAGCUGGCUGUUGCCACAAGACAGGUGCCACCAGAUCCCAAAAUGCUGCAGAUGGUGCUUCAAGGUUCUGUGGGGGCCACAGUAAAUCAGGGACCACUAGAAGUAGCUCAAGUGUUCCUGGCUGAAAUUCCAGAGGAUCCAAAACUUUAUCGACAUCACAACAAGCUAAGGUUAUGCUUCAAAGAAUUCAUAAUGAGAUGUGGUGAAGCAGUGGAGAAAAAUAAAUGCCUGAUUACUGCUGACCAAAGGGAAUAUCAACAAGAAUUGAAAAAGAACUACAACAAGUUGAAAGAGAACCUCAGACCAAUGAUUGAGAGGAAGAUCCCAGAGCUGUAUAAACCUAUUGUGAAUGUUAACAGUGUUUCAAGGGGCUCUUUCCUUAAUUCUAGUUUUAGGAAAUAUGAAAAUCUGCCUCCACAGAACAGUUAAAAGCAUCUUCAUGAAAAGGAGCUAUCUACUUGCAGUGGAUCAAAUACAAGAGGAUAUCCAAAUGCUGUUCAAAAUCAUAAAAUUUCCCCACAAUUUCUCAUGAACACAUUUUGGAAAGAUUGCUUUCUGUACAAGACUCAAGAAGGAAGAGUUAUAACUAAUCACAUCUGGGAGUGGGUAUUGAAACUAGUUGCAGAAAAACAGAUAUUUUAUUAUAAAUUGACAUGGAUAUUUGCACACACAGAGAAAACAGCUUUGUGUUUUCUCCAAUAUUCUAAAGGCCAGUUCACAAUAUUGCAUUGUCAACAAAUGUUCCUUUCAUCUGUGGAUGUUUGAUCAUACCAAGCUCAUGGAAAUGUUCCUGAAUGUAACCCAAAGACCCUUCUCGCCAAUCAUGGAUUUGCAUCAAGCACAUUCACCAAACAGCAGAUAUGAACAGUUAAACCAAAACAAGUCAACCCAAGUCACAUUUUAAGCACAUUUCAAUCGCAUUUAUUGUAAUAAGAAACUUAGUCAUUUAUAACUAGAUUCCAACUUACAUAAAAUUAUUGUUGUUUGAAUGGAAAGCAUUGCAAUGGAUCUGGUAAUAACUUUUCUCAUGGAAGACAUUACAGUUAUGCUUUUAACAAGUAGGAUCAAAUAUUACACUCUGUAAUAUUUAA